ACCACACCAUCAUUCUCCUCCUCCUCCUCCUCAACCUCUCAGCCAAAGAAGACUUCGACGAGCUCCAACCAGCGACUUCAACAAAGCCACCACCAGCUAGCAAAGCCUCCACCAGUGUGCGCAGUGCUCCACUAGUGUGCGGAGUGCUCCACCAGCGACUUCAACAAAGAGACUGA